AUGUUCCGUCUAAACGCUGCUAGAACUUUGACAAAAUCUGUCAACGCUGUUGCUAAGCGUACUUAUGCCGAAGCUGCCGCAAAUGAUUUUCUGAAAUUAAAAUUUGCUUUACCUCAUGAAACUUUAUUUGCUGGUACCAAAGUUACUCAAGUCAAUUUGCCAGCAAAAUCUGGUGGCGUUGGUAUUCUAGCAAAUCACGUCCCAACUGUGGAACAAUUGAGCCCAGGUGUUGUGGAAAUUUUUGAAGGUGCCAACACCAAGAAAUACUUUGUUUCUGGUGGUUUCGCAUCUGUGCAACCAGAUUCCACUUUGUGCGUUACCUCCGUGGAAGCUUUUCCAUUGGAAUCUUUCUCUCAAGAGAAUGUCAAAUCUUUGAUCAGUGAUGCCAACAAGAACUUGAGUUCUUCUGACGAAAAGGUUGCUGCUACCGCUGCUAUCCAAUUAGAAGUUCUGGAAGCUCUACAAGCAGCUCUAAAAUAA